UCUCCUGGGAUUAUCUGGGAUUAUCUGCAGAAGGGUCGGUUCUCCUGGGAUUAUAUGGGAUUAUCUGCAGAAGGGUCGGUUCUCCUGGGAUUAUAUGGGAUUAUCUGCAGAAGGGUCGGUUCUCCUGGGAUUAUAUGGGAUUAUCUGCAGAAGGGUCGGUUCUCCUGGGAUUAUAUGGGAUUAUCUGCAGAAGGGUCGGUUCUCCUGGGAUUAUCUGCAGAAGGCGUCGGUUCUCCUGGGAUUAUCUGUAGAAGGCGUCGGUUCUCCUGGGAUUAUCUGUAGAAGGGGUCGGUUCUCCUGGGAUUAUCUGCAGAAGGGGUCGGUUCUCCUGGGAUUAUAUGGGAUUAUCUGCAGAAGGGUCGGUUCUCCUGGGAUUAUAUGGGAUUAUCUGCAGAAGGGUCGGUUCUCCUGGGAUUAUAUGGGAUUAUCUGCAGAAGGGUCGGUUCUCCUGGGAUUAUCUGCAGAAGGCGUCGGUUCUCCUGGGAUUAUCUGUAGAAGGGUCGGUUCUCCUGGGAUUAUCUGCAGAAGGGGUCGGUUCUCCUGGGAUUAUCUGCAGAAGGCGUCGGUUCUCCUGGGAUUAUCUGUAGAAGGCGUCGGUUCUCCUGGGAUUAUCUGUAGAAGGGGUCGGUUCUCCUGGGAUUAUCUGCAGAAGGGGUCGGUUCUCCUGGGAUUAUAUGGGAUUAUCUGCAGAAGGGUCGGUUCUCCUGGGAUUAUAUGGGAUUAUCUGCAGAAGGGUCGGUUCUCCUGGGAUUAUAUGGGAUUAUCUGCAGAAGGGUCGGUUCUCCUGGGAUUAUCUGCAGAAGGCGUCGGUUCUCCUGGGAUUAUCUGUAGAAGGGUCGGUUCUCCUGGGAUUAUCUGCAGAAGGGUCGGUUCUCCUGGGAUUAUAUGGGAUUAUCUGCAGAAGGGUCGGUUCUCCUGGGAUUAUAUGGGAUUAUCUGCAGAAGGGUCGGUUCUCCUGGGAUUAUAUGGGAUUAUCUGCAGAAGGGUCGGUUCUCCUGGGAUUAUAUGGGAUUAUCUGCAGAAGGGUCGGUUCUCCUGGGAUUAUCUGCAGAAGGCGUCGGUUCUCCUGGGAUUAUCUGCAGAAGGCGUCGGUUCUCCUGGGAUUAUCUGCAGAAGGGGUCGGUUCUCCUGGCAUUAGCAGCUUUCUGCUUCUGCCUGGAUUCUG